AUGGUCAAGCCCAGUGAGAAAGUUGUUAAGUCUAAGGAACCUGUUAAGGAACCUGUCGAAUCUUCAGAAUCUGAUGCAAGUUCGUCAGAUUCCGAACUAGAAGGUUUGCCAGAUGCUGAAGAUGAUCGUUCACAUAAAGUCAAGAAGUUAAGCAAGAAGCCUGCCCAAAAGCAGCAGCAGAACAGUUCACAAGAUGAGUACUCAGGUAUCGUAUUUGUGAGCAGGCUACCACACGGUUUCCAGGAGAAGGAGUUAUCCAAGUAUUUCUCACAAUUUGGUGAUUUGAAAGAUGCACGUUUGGCUCGUAAUAAGAAAACUGGUAAUACAAGACAUUAUGGUUUUAUUGAAUUCGUUAAUAAAGAUGAUGCUAAGGUAGCUCAAGAAACAAUGAAUAACUAUCUGUUGAUGGGACACUUGAUACAAGUACGUCUGCUACCAAAAGGUUCCAAGAUUGAAAAAUUGUACAAGUACAGACACAGAUCAUUCCAAUUUGCAUCAGUGAAGAAGAGCUCAGAGGAGUUGAAGGAAAGAGCUCGUAAGAAGCACGAUGAACGUGUUAAUAAACUGAAGAAAGCUGGGAUCGAUUUCAAAUGGUAA